UAAAUUCAUCCCUUUUUUCUCUCUAAUUCGAAGUUCCCAACAAUUCAUUUUCUCUGCCACUUCUUAAAUGCGUCUGAACUUUCUUCCACCGCUAAAUCUAAACUACGAAACAAUCCACUCUUUCGAAGUAAACCCAUCAAACUCCAAUCUUGUGCAUUAAUUCGGGCUAUUUCCUUCUUGACUUUUCCCGAAAAUUGUGCAAUUUAAGGGAAUGUUGAUAAGAAGUUAUUGAUAACUGCACUGAGAAUGGGGGGAGAGAGACAUGGCUCCAAGAGGGGAGGAAGAGGUGGUGGAGGAGGCUAUGUUGGUGGCUUCCUCCAGCUUUUUGACUGGAACGCAAAAUCAAGAAAAAAACUGUUUUCUAACAAGUCUGAUUCACCCGAGCAUUCCAAAAUGAAAAAGAGGUGUGAUGGGAAUUUGCCAAUGACUCGAUUUCAUCUGAUUGACGAGGAGAUGAACGAUAACAUGACCUAUACAGAAAGCCGUUGCUACAGCUAUGCAUCAUCAAUGGCAGAUGAUGAAGAACUUAGUGUAAAGCCUCCGGGGGUCGUGGCAAGACUUAUGGGUUUGGACCCAUUGCCUCCAUCUUCCAACUAUUCACAGUUUUACUCCAACUCUCCAUUUUCUGAGCCAAAUUGGCACUCAAGGCACCAUAAGGCGAUUGCCACACCAAUUGAGAAGUUCCAAACUGAGACUUUGCCUCCCAAAUCUGCCAAAUCAAUACCCAUCACUCACCACAAGCUUUUGUCUCCGAUCAAGAGCGGGACUUCCUUCCCACCCAAGAAUGCUGCUUAUAUCAUGGAAGCAGCAGCUAGAAUUAUUGAUCCUCCCAGAGCAAACGUCAGAACCAAACCGAAAAUGCCAUCUAUGGGUAGUUAUUCAGCGAUCGCGCUAAGGGUUAAAGAUAUGAAUGAGAAAGUUGAAUUAUCAUCUAGUAGAAGGCUUUCAAGUGGAACUAACACAGCAAACCAUAUCAAGACACAUUCUGUGAAUAAUAAAAGUGCAUCAAAGGAAAGGGUUGUUCCUUCAGAAUCAGAAGAAUGUUUUGGUGGAUUAAAAUCUAAAGGAAAGUCUGUAUCUUUAGCACUUCAAGCAAAGGAAAAUGUGUUAAAAAGGGAGGGAUUGGGUAAUCUUAGUGGCAGUAGCCAGAAAGAACUAAGUGAUCUAAAUUCAAGGCAAAUUAUGCACAGAAAUAACAUUCAAAAGAAACCAUCGGCAGUUAGCGCUCUCAGGCAGAAUAAUCAAAAGCAGAAUAGCUGUUAUGGCGGAGGAAAGACAUCUUCCAAGCCACAAGGAAAGAGAACACUCAGCGGGGAUUCCACUCUUUCUCAUCAGCAGAAAAGCUCAACUAAAAGUGCAGAAAGUUCAAGAAUUAGCUCAAGGAGGCUGAGUUUGGAAAAAAGCCAUGAAAAAAAGGAAGAAGUGUCUUCCAGUAACAAUAAUGUAACACGCAAGAAGCAGCGGUCCAUAGAUGGCGAUUUCCCAUAUGAGAAAAAUCAGCUUACUUCGGGUAAUCAAUCAUCAAAUCGUAAGAGUGGAAAAGUCUUUCAAUCUGGUGGACUGAUGGAUAGGGAAGGGACAAACAUAGUUUCUUUUACAUUCAGUGCUCCCUUAUCACGUUCUACGCCAAUCACUGAGACCUCUAGAAUAGAGAAAAAAAGCUUUGCUGAUUGUAGUGCAGAUUAUAAAGUUAAAAAGGAUUACCACUCCCAAGGUAGUGAUUUAAGCACACUUUUGGAGCAAAAGCUUAGAGAACUUACUGAGAAAGUGGAACCUAAUUCUUGCCAAAGAACUAGAAGAACUGCUACUUCUUUAUCAACAGACAUUUUGCAUGAUGAUGCAAUGGAUAUAGAUGUACCACCAGUAAGCCAACAUCACUUUGUCUUUUCUUCUACUGACUCUCAGGAAAUCACUAUGAAACACAAACAUCAGGUAGUUGAAGGAAUGGACCAUAAUAUGAAAAACAUGUACGAUCGCCGAUUCCCAAGCCCUGUAUCUGUGUUUGAGAAUAGAUAUAUAACCGAAAGCUGCAAUUAUUCAGAUACUGACAGUAAUACUACACCAAGUAGUAAGCAAAGUUCAUCAAUCCAAGCCCAAGAAAUCAUUGGCAUAGCCUCAUUGAAGAGGUUCCAUUACAGGGAAGCUGAUUUAGACCUGCUGGAUUCAGCUUCUUCAAAAACUUCAGGUUUCUCAGAUGAUAGAAAAAAGCCCUUAUGGAAAUCACCACCACCAGAAUGGGAGCUAGAGUAUGUGAAAGAGAUUCUUAGUAAUACAAAUCUUGACCAGAUGAUGAUGAUGUUCAAAGAUUUUUCAAUAAAGCCUCACCUGUUUGAGGUGCUGGAAAGCAGAAAGGUGGUCUGUGGCUAUGGAAAUGAGCUGAGACUAGAAAGAAAGAUUUUGUUCGAUUGCGUGAGCCAAUGUGUAGAGUCAAUGUACAGGAAGUAUGGAGGAUGUGGGUAUGAAAUGUGGAUAAAGGGUAUGUCAGUGAUUCGGCGAAAGGAUCAUCUUGUAGAAGAAAUGUAUAGGGAGAUAUUGGGGUGGAGUGAAAUGAGAAGCUCAAUGGUUGAUGAGCUUGUGGACAAGGAUAUGAGCACUGGUUUUGGCAAAUGGCUUGACUUUGAAAUUGAAGCUUUUGAAUUUGGAUCACAGCUUGAAAAUGCCUUGCUCAAUUCAUUACUUGAUGAAGUUGUUAGUGACUUAUUGGGGAAUUAGAGACUGAUGCAUUUUGUGGAGGAUUUUGAUCCAAGUUUGCGCGGGUCUUUCUUGUUUAUCUUAUGAGAAAGAAUUUGUUCAUGUGCUAUUCUUUCUACAUUCUUUUUGAAACCAGCUAUAUACAUAAUCGUUCAUUAAUUUUGUUCUAUUUAAAGAUCGCCCCUUCUCCGUGCACCCUUUUGUUUUGGCUUAAAAAGGAUGCAACUUUAAGAUAAUCUUCAAAUCCAUCGACAUUGUAAAAUUCUUGAUUUUUUGAGUGUUUUAUAGUUUUUAUUAUUCAUGUAUAUGUCACAAAUGAAAAUA